AUGGCAGGGCAGAGCAGCUACAGCCGGCUCGCCGGCGACGAGGCCGCCGUGAUAUCCGCCGCCGGCGGCGACGACGACUACGACGCAAAGAAGCUGAGGCUGCUUGGCUACGAGCCGCAGCUCAAGCGCAAUCUCUCGUUGUUCUCCAACUUCUCGGUUACCUUCUCGAUCAUAUCAGUCCUUACGGGCACCACUACGUUGUACGGGACAGGUCUCGAGUUUGGUGGACCGGUGGCCAUGGUGUAUGGUUGGCCGAUUGCCGACACCUUCACCAUCAUCGUCGGCCUAGCGAUGGCCGAGAUUUGUUCUGCCUACCCUACCUCCGGAGGACUCUACUUCUGGAGUGCCAGGCUCUGCAGCGAGCGAUGUUGGGGCCCCUUCGCCUCCUGGCUCACCGGCUGGCACGCCUUAGGCGACCUCAGCUUGUAUGAAAAAGGAAGAAAGAUAGAUGUAGGGGAACCUCAGUAUCGGGCAUGGAAAGUGUUGGGCAGCAACUACGAGCCUGAUGAAGACGACUACAUCGUCAACGUACAUCGAGAUAUGCAAAGGCUGGGAUUGCUGUCCAACUUCGCCUUCUCCUUCACCAUCAUCUCGGUGCUGACGGGGGUGACCACGCUGUACAACACCGGCCUCAACUUCGGCGGCCCGGCCACCAUGACCUUCGGCUGGUUCGUCGCCGGCGCCUUCACCAUGACCGUCGGCCUCUCCAUGGCCGAGAUCUGCUCCUCCUUCCCCACCUCCGGCGGCCUCUACUACUGGAGCGCGCGCCUCUCGGGCAACCGAUGGUCGCCCUUCGCCUCCUGGAUCACCGGAUGGUUUAACAUCGUUGGACAGUGGGCGGUGACAACUAGCGUGGACUUCUCGCUGGCGCAGCUGAUCCAGGUGAUCAUCCUGCUCAGCACCGGCGGCAACAACGGCGGAGGCUACCUGGCGUCCAAGUACGUGGUCAUCGCCUUCCACGCCGCCAUCCUGCUCAGCCACGCCCUCAUCAACAGCCUCCCCAUCUCAUGGCUCUCCUUCUUCGGCCAGUUUGCGGCUGCUUGGAACAUGCUAGGUGUCUUUGUCUUGAUGAUUGCCGUGCCGGCUGUUGCAACCGAGAGAGCCAGUGCCAAGUUCGUCUUCACCCAUUUCAACACUGACAACAGUGCUGGAAUACACAGCAACCUCUACAUCUUUGUCCUGGGGCUCCUCAUGAGCCAGUACACGCUCACAGGAUACGACGCAUCGGCGCACAUGACGGAGGAGACCAAGAACGCAGACAGGAACGGCCCCAUCGGGAUAAUCAGCGCCAUCGGCAUAUCCAUAGUGGUCGGCUGGGGAUACAUACUCGGCAUCACGUUCGCCGUCAAGGACAUACCCUACCUGCUCAGCCCUGACAAUGAAGCUGGGGGGUACGCCAUCGCCGAAGUCUUCUACCUCGCCUUCAAAAGCCGCUACGGCAGCGGCGUCGGCGGGAUCGUCUGCCUGGGGGUCGUCGCCGUCGCCAUAUACUUCUGCGGCAUGAGCUCCGUGACGAGUAACUCGAGGAUGGUGUAUGCUUUCUCGAGAGACGGGGCGAUGCCGCUGUCACCCGUGUGGCACAAAGUGAACAAGCACGAGGUGCCCAUCAACGCCGUCUGGCUCUCGGCUUUCGUCUCCCUCUGCAUGGCGCUGCCGUCGCUGGGUAGCCUGGUGGCGUUCCAGGCCAUGGUGUCGAUCGCGACGAUCGGGCUCUACAUCGCGUACGCGCUGCCCAUCUUCUUCCGGGUGACGCUGGCGCGCAAGCACUUCGUGCCGGGACCCUUCAACCUCGGACGGUACGGUGUACUGGUGGGGUGGGUGGCCGUGCUCUGGGUGGUGACCAUCACCGUGCUCUUCUCGCUGCCGGUGACGUACCCGGUGACCAAGGACACGCUCAACUACACGCCGGUCGCCGUCGGUGGGCUUUUCAUCCUCGUCUUGACGUCGUGGGUCGAACAUGGACUAAUUCAUACUGCCAGCGGAACCGGCAAAAUGUUUGGCUAA